AUGGAAGAGUCAUUGAAAAUGUUGAAUGAUCUUCCGAAAACCGAUGUUACGGCGUUAACUAACCUACUAACACGCAAUACCAUACAGACCGAUAGAACCGCGAACAAAUCAUAUGAGCACAGGUAUCAAGCGGGCUAUCAUGUGGUCCUAGCCUCUGGCCAACCGCGUUGUAGUGGCGGUAGAUCUCCACAAUCCGACUUGCUGGAGAACAUGGCCACCCAGUCUCCAGCCAAUGAGGGGAAUAUGGAUAUUUAUUACCGUGCUGCACGCACGGUCGUGUCGGUUUGUUGUCCCUCAGAGUCUAGAGCUUCCUGGCAUGCACAAAGAGCCCAGCAAAGUAUUAGAUCAAUGGAUGGCACAAUUCCAGAUCCUGGAGUAGUCUUGAACUUUGCUGUUUUGGCGAAGGAAUCAACGCUAGAUCAGUAUUAUUAG